AUACCAAUUAUGAGUUUAGAGCCGAAGAUAACGGCUAGAAAGGACGAGAGUUUUUCGUGAUUUCCAUAUUGCUAGUUAUUACUGUUUGAAAUUAUAGUUGUUUGCGUAUUAAGUGAAAGCAGAACAAAGAAAAAUAUGGACACAAUUUUAGAACGACAGCGGAGUGCUCAUGAGGAAAGAGAGCGUCUUAUUGAGGCACAGGUGAAAGAGCUACUCCAUAAAAAAAGUACUCAAAGAGAACAAAUUAACUCCGAUCAUAGAGUUCGAGGACUUCUCGACAGAUAUAUAGAGGUAACCACCAAGUUGAAGGAUCUCUACGAAGAUGAGGAUGGCAUGCGACGAGAUGAAAUUCAGGCCUUGUCCGGCCCCAAUGAAAUGGUCGAAUUCUACAAUCGACUGCGAGGUCUGAAAGAUUUCUACAAAAGUAACCCUAACGAGAUACACGUGCCAAUGUCAAUGGAAUUCGCUCAAAUGGACGAAGCUCGUGAGAAAGGUAUUGACGAGAACCUGGUCGAAUUCACUGACGAAGAAGGUUACGGCAAAUAUCUUGAUUUGCACGCUUGCUACGAGAAGUUCGUUAACAUUAAGGGAGUUGACAGAAUCGAUUACAUAACAUAUCUCGGAACAUUUGAUAGAUUAUUCGAUAUUCCAAAAGAGCGCAAAAAUGCGGAUUAUCGACGCUACGUUGAAGCCCUUAGCGGAUAUAUGCAAGACUAUUUGCAACGUGUCAAGCCACUGUCUAAUCUUGAAAAGGAAGCUAUCGAACUGGAGAAGGAGUUUGAGAAACAAUGGAAUUCGGGUCAAUUUCCAGGAUGGCAAAAGGAGAGUGAAGGUGCUUUGGCCCACACCGGAGCCCAUCUUGAUUUGAGUGCGUUCUCCAGCGCCGAGGAACUAGCUUCAUUGGGACUGGAUCGCUUGAAGAGUGCUCUUAUGGCUCUUGGGUUAAAGUGUGGCGGGACACUUGAGGAGCGAGCUCAACGUCUCUUUAGCACAAAGGGAAAAAGCAUGGAAGAAAUUGACAUUUCAUUACUAGCCAAGAAGAAGACAAAAGGUGGUUCAGUGCCGACUAAGAAUCGAGAGCUCGCGAUUAUGGAGUCCAGGAUCUAUUGGUUGGUCGAACAAUUAUCUGAGCAGAGGGCAGCAACGAAGGAAAACGUCCAGCGGCGACAGGCGCGUACUGCGGGCGAGCGCCAGGAUAGUGAUGAUGAAAGCGCUGACGAAGUUUCGGACGACGAUGAACAGGAAGACGUCAUUUAUAAUCCGAAAAACUUGCCGCUUGGAUGGGACGGCAAACCCAUACCGUACUGGCUAUACAAGCUUCAUGGGCUAAAUAUCAGUUAUACGUGCGAGAUCUGUGGUAAUUUUGUCUACAAGGGCCCAAAAGCGUACCAGAGGCAUUUUGCCGAAUGGCGGCAUGCGCAUGGGAUGCGGUGUCUCGGCAUCCCUAACACCGCCCAUUUUGCCAAUGUUACCAACAUCGAGGACGCGAUGAAUCUUUGGCAGAAACUGCAGGACGAAAAAUCAAAGCAGCGUUUCCAUGCAAAAACGGAAGAAGAGUACGAAGAUAGCUCUGGGAAUGUUGUUAACAAAAAAACGUUUGAAGAUCUUAAACGGCAGGGUUUGCUAUAAAUCAGACUAUAUCCUACAGUUAUAUAUGCGGUAACGCUAUCAUGUAUACAAAAACAUGGUGAAUAUAAUGACAAUAAUAAUUACAACAGUAUAUGUAGUAAAGCACUGUCAAGCUUAAAAGAUGAAGCGGUGAAAGUGUAUAAAAAUAAUAAAUUUACCUAUUUGCCUUCACGUGGAGCCAUUUUAA